AUGAAGUUCAUCACCGCCGCCGCCUCUUUGGCUCUUGCUUCAGUCGUCUCCGCUGCGCCUCGUUGGGCGGACUGGGCGCCAAAAUCAUGCCCUGAAGCUCAGUGCCCUGAUGUCGAAUGCCCAGUGGAUACAUGUCUCCAACAGAGCGAUGCUGAGGAUAUCGUCAACAAGUUCAUCUCAGUCCUCAACCACCCCGACGUCAAGGCAUCAAAUGCCACUGCACAGGCCCUGAUCGGCGAUGACUUCUUUGAGGAGUCAGACUCCAUCAACAUGCUCGCAGGCCACCCUGUCGGCAGCGUCACAUUCUCCGGCAAGCAGAACUACAUCAAUGGUGUUCUCUACGCUCCAUCAAUCACUGAUAUUGAGACCAUCAAGGUCAUGCCUGCCGGCUGCAACAACGUGUUGUGGUACUGGCAGAUGAUCAUUGGCUCGAAGCAAAUCCCUGUCAAGGGAAUGAACCUCUUCGAGAUUGAUGAUGACGGGAAGAUUGCGGAUAUGUACGUCGAAUUCAACAACAUCGCCUGGGGUAUCGACAUUGGCUUCACCGCCACCAACCCUGGAGGCAAGAAGCUUCCUACCGCAUAA